CUACGCAAUGGAUUUGGUGACCUUUAAGGAUGUGGCCGUGCACUUCACUCAAGAGGAUUGGGCUUUGCUGGAUCCUUUCCAGAAGAAUCUGUACAGAGAUGUGAUGGAGGAAACUGUCAGUAAUCUGGCCUCUGUAGGAAUAAAAUUGGAAGACCUGAAUAUUGAAGAAGUUUACCAAAGUCCUGACGAAAACCUAAGAAGUCAUAUGGUAGUGAUACUCUGGGCAAGGGUAGAAGAUGGUCAAUGUUGAGAAACUUUCAGACAGAUUCCAGAUAUCAGGCUCAGCAAGAAAACUCCUGCUGUAAAAUCCUAUGACUGCCAUGUGUGUGGAGAAGUCUUCAUUGGUCAUUCAUUCCUAAGUAGGCACAUGAAAACUCACACUGAACACAAACCAAGUGAAUACAAGGAUAGAAAUAAGACAAAUCAAGAUAAGCAAUGUGGAAAUGCCUUCAACUUUUAUUGUUCUAGUUCUUUUCAAAUACAUGAAAGAACUCACACCGGAGAGAAACUCUAUCAAUGUGAACAGUGUGGUAAAACUUUUAUUUCUUUUGCAUCUUUUCAAAGACACAUGAUAACACAUACUGGAGAUGGACCUCACAAAUGUAAGGAGUGUGGAAAAGCAUUCAUUAGUUCUAGUGCAUUUCAAAUUCAUGAAUGACAACACACUGGAGAGAAGCCCUUUGAAUGUAAACAGUGUGGAAAAAUGUUAGGUAGUGCCAGUUCCUUUCAAAUACACCAAAAGACUCACACUGGAGAGAAACCAUAUGAAUAUAAGGAGUGUGGGGAAACCUUCAGUUGUUCCAGUUCCUUUCAAAGACAUGAGAAGACUCACACUGGGGAGAAGCCAUAUGAGUGUAAGCAGUGUGGUAAGGCUUUUAGUCAUUCCUGCUACCUUCAGAUGCACAAAAAGUCUCACACUGGAGAGAAGCCCUACAUUGGAGAGAAGCCUUACCAGUGUAAACUGUGUGGUAAAGCAUUUCGUAGUUCUAGUUCCUUUCAGAUUCAUGAAAGAACUCAUACAGGAGAAAAACCCUAUGAAUGUAACGAAUGUGGGAAAGCCUUCAGUUGUCAAAGUUCACUUAAAAGACAUGAAAAGAUUCACACUGGAGAGAAACUGUAUCAGUGUAUACAGUGUGGUAAAGCCUCUGGAUGUUACAGUUACCUUCAAAUACAUGAAAGAAAUCACACUGGACAGAAACAAUAUGAAUGUCAAGAAUGUGGUAAAAUCUUCAGUAGUUCUAGUGUGUUUCAAAUACAUAAAAGAACACACACUGGGGAGAAACCCUAUGUGUGUCAAGAAUGUGGGAGAGCCUUCAGUUGUCCCAGUACCCUUCAGAAACAUAGAAGGUCUCACACUGGGGAAAAACCCUAUGUGUGUACAAAGUGUGGGAAAGCUUUCAGUCAGUCUAGUAACUUUCGAGCACACCAAAGAUCUCAUUCUGAAGGAAAAACUGCACAAAUAUAGUAAGGGUGGGUAAGCCUUAUCUUGUUACAGUUCCUUUGAGAAGUGUAAAAGAGAUCAUGUUAUAGAGGCACCCUGUGCAAAGAAUAUAGGAAGGCAUUCUUUGUGCAGCUUUUUAGCAUAUUUGAGGAUGUAUAUUGGUGAGAAACCUUUUAAGUA